AUGUUAGAUUUCUGGGUUCGAGAGAGUGAGGGUUUUCAUUUGGAGAGCGUCGGGUGUCAUCUGUUUCUUUCUGUGGCAGAUUAACAAACCUUGUAUGGUGCAUAUACUGGAUUCUGGGGGCUCUCCAAGAAAGGAAAGAGGGGGAGGAAGAGGUGUUUGCGACGGCGUAGAUUAGUAACUGUGGAGUUGCUCUUUAUGGGCGACCAUGGUGGUUUCUCGCGGCCGAGUAGCUCACUGCUGAACGGCCUCCUGCCGAAUAAAGCGGCAAGUGUGACCAGGGUUCUGGAUGCUGACCGAUGGUCAAUGGCUGAGGCAAGGACAGCCGAGUUGAUCCAAUGCAUUCAGCCAAAUCAACAAUCUGAGACGUGUAGAAAUGCUGUUGCAAACUAUGUUCAACGGCUAAUCAUGAAGUGUUUCUCCUGCCAGGUAGCCUACGUUUUCUGGUUUUCUAAACGGCCACAUUUUAUCCGAUGGUGUUUCCCAUGGCUUGCCUCUGAGCAUUGACGUCAGAAGUGUUUCCCUUGUCACUUUGUUCUGCUGCCUAGCCAGGAGAGAAUAA